GUCGUUUCGUUAGCGCCGCAGAACACAGCUGGCUGUGAUGAUUGUCUGUUUGUUCUCUCCGGGCUGCUGAUUUUUUCCCGCGCACCAUACACUCCGGUCAGUCACGAUUAUUUUUUUUGUCCGUCAGCCUGCAUCCGCUGUAUCAGUUGACAUUUGACUUCGAAACGGUUCGGUCAAGUUGCCUUUUGAAUUUGAUUUAGUUUAGUUUUGCUAGCUCGGAAGUUUUGUUCCUUUGCAUACUUUUCCGUUCGUUGUGGGAUUUAUUGUGCAUCUUGUGUUAGUUCGCGAAAACAGUUUUAUUUUGUUAUUAAGCGCAAUGCGAAGUUAUUUUCAGUGUGUCACCAUGCCGAAUAAUUGAAGCUGAGUUUUGGAGACGGUUUGGAUAUAAUUUGGAUGAUUUGACUAGACAGUCGACAUCGGUUAAUUGAAUGAUACACUCUAGUCAAUAAAUCCUAACCGCUUGCAUAAGCUAAAAGAUUAUCUGUAUAAACUGGAUUUAACUACUGCAAAGAUUAAAACGUAAUCUUUAUUUUAGCAGUAACUCACUCACUAUGGAUCGACCUCUUCUUAAAGUCGCAGCGCUUUCUUUUCUCGUAACAACCGCAGUAUGCAGUUCAGUUCUAGUGGCUGAUUUUCGUAUGACAAGAAUGGUAGAGUUGAGCAGCCGUGCGCCAUAUUGCAAAGUUCAUUCCGACCGAGGCGACAUCCAGCGGAUGCUGUUGUCCUUUGAUGCAGUGAAGGUCAGACAGGUUCCUCGUGAGUCGGUGAUUGCCCUGGAGGAGGUGUGCAACGAAGCUAGUGGAAUUUCGGGCGAACUGCAAGGCGGCCUUGGCUUCAUUUAUCCGGGUACCAAAUGGUGCGGACCAGGAAACAUAGCAACCAACUACUCGGACGUGGGCCGAUACGCUGACGAGGACCGGUGCUGCCGCGAGCAUGACAUGUGCCCGAACGUUCUACUGCCGGGGGAAUGUCGCCGGAGCCUGUGUAACCGAGGUGCCUUCACGAGAUCACACUGCGACUGUGAUGCAAGAUUUAGAAGAUGUUUACAAAAUCUCAACACCGAAAUCGCCAAUACGCUGGGAGCUGUUUUUUUCAACGUGGUACAGGUGACAUGCUUCAGCGAGAGGCGCCCAUGUUCGAUUUGGCAAAGGUUAGUAUGAGGAGGCUUAAAAAGCGUAAACAGAGCAUAAAUGUUAGGGUGAUGCGGGAUGGGACAAUUUUUUUAAUUCGUUUUCAUGAUGAUCAGCUUAAUUUGCAAACAAUUUACGUAUUCCCUAUGGGAUUUAGGUUCAAUUAACCUGAUGUUCAGAAUUGAAUGGAUCUAACCGAUUGUCAUAAUCUUCCACAUUUAUACAAUUUUAUAGUUUCUUCGUAAAAUUAUGUAACUUUAGGAAAAAUCAUAAUUUUUUUCCUAUAUAUAUAUAUAUAGAAAAUCAAUAAAUACGAAAAACCGUGACCCUAUUAAGUGUUUCAAAGUGCCGCGGAUCAAACCUUCAUAGUUUUAUGAUACAUAGUCUAGAUAUUGAAAAAAAUAUUUGUUUCCGCAUUUUGAUACGCAAUCCUUUUUGUUAAACGUAUUCAAGGCGGUUAUCAUGAAAAACUUGCAUCAUUGCAUUUAAAGAGUACAAUAUAAAAUAAAUAAAUAAAAAAAAACGUUUGAAAAUUACUUCUUUUAUCCUUGGAAAUGAGCAUAUAUUGAAGAUAUCUUAAUGAAUUAACUUUCUUAAAACCGAAACUACUUCAAAACAGCCAUUUAAGACGAAAGGGGCCCACAUUUGAAUAGGUGCUCAAGAGUAUUUUCCAAGGUUCUCUUAAAACUGUUAGGUGUUGUCGAAAUAUAGGAUUUCAAGAUCUGCUUAAACUAUGAUAAACCUACCAUAGGUUUUGAUAGAUUUAUGGUUGGCUUCUUCAAGAUCCUUUUUUCCAAUUCACUAUGUAACUGUUUUGUUAGAUAGAGGUUGUUUGUAAUCGAAAAGAAUCUGUUGAAGAAAAAUAAUUUAUCUAUUAUAUGACAUUCAUUUACCAAAAUCAAUACGAAUGAGAAUCAAUAAUAUAAGUAGUCAGCUUUUCUAUCUUAUAAUUGCGUAAGCUUUCAUGCUAUCAACAGAAAUUGAUGAUUUAUGUAUGCACGCUAUAUGUACAACACCUACAGAUCUGGAUACACUAUUUAAUUACAAUCACCCAGUUUGCUGUUCACUCAUCAUUUAGUUACAUUUCAAACCUUCUCCAUUGGUAUACUUAGGUAUUAAGGUAUUAAGAUACUGAGAUACAAACGUCAACAAGAAAGUCUUAAAAUUAUCUUUUAGUUUUGAGAAGGUUAAAGAACGAUGUUUCAAAAAGGGGCUCAAGAGUUUCUAAAACUGGUUAUAGGAUUAAGAUAGAAUUAUGAAUAAUACAGCUUUAUGGAACUAUCUUCAAGUGGCCUUAAAACACCCUUAAAAUACACCAAUCAUAUAAAACUAAAUGUCCUUUGCAAAACUUUCCAAACGAGAAAGUUUAUCGCACAGCGUUUUCAUCCUUAGUAGGCACAGACCCAACUUUUGACCAUAAGAAAUUUCCAGAACUUGCUGACAAUGCAGCAUGGAAGCGUGAUAAUUUCGCAGCUUCGAACCUCGUGAUAAAUUAAGUUCAAGAAAAACCAUUAAUAUAUUACACUAUAGGAUUUAUUUCCCCACAUUAUGGCAGUAUUUUCAUUCUAAGGAUCUGUAUCUACUCAUUUUUGUGAAUUUUUGCGAAACCAUUAGUUAUUCGGCAGUUUUACAUUAGGCGAGAAAAUAUCAUCUCAUAUUAUACCGCGAAAAGAUGAGAUCCAAUGCUGUCUUGUCGAGAAAAGUUGGAGAGCAAAUAAUGUUACAUCGUAUGUUUGCUUCUUUAUUGCUGGUCGCAGUAGGUGAAAUAUCGCCUCAUUCUGUUCACGAAGGCGAAAGUUGUAAACUCUGGUUAAUAGCAACAUUGUUACGGUUACACUUCUAACGCCGUUGCUUUGGUAAUAUCUUUCCCGCUUUCAUCCCAGCGUUAGUAAGGAAACGGUCGAAAAAAUAACCGAAAAGACACUAGUAUUUUGAACAUUAUAUCCUUUAAAGUCAGAUCUCAUCCAAAAUACCGCACAGCAGCUCUUUAUCCAGAUACAUGGCCGCAAGGCAUACUGUUUAGGCAAUUUGAGGAUAACCGUACCCAGAACAUAUGGUGCCCGUCGGCCGAUUUCCCUCCGCUUUCAGAAGAAGCAUGUAAUCCGCUAAUUCAACCUGGCCCUUCUACGAUCCUGUCGUAGAGUUCGCAACGAUUAUCAAUGCCACUAUAGCUACACCAUUAUUGUUAAGGAGUGUCGAUGUCGAAGGUAUAUUGGGACGUAACGCAGCUGGUACCAUAGAAGCCCUGUAUCUCCCCGCCACAAUCGAGCCUUUGUCGCCAGUGUUCAGCAAGCGUCCCGAUCCUGUGUGCGUGAGAAAGAGUCUUCCAAGCGGUCCAUCCUGGCAAGUAUUUUUAUUUAAAUUGCAACAAUACAACGGCUGAUGCGUUUCACGCUUCUAGCUCAUCAUAUAGCUCUCGUCGCAAGCUACCUCUUUCGCUACACAUCGCAGUUGAUAUGAGAUGCCUCAAAUCCCCCAUCGCAGUCGAGAUAGUGAUCGUCCGAUUCCGUUCGUAGUACUGAUUUAAGAACCUCCCAACCUGCUCCAAAAGACAACAUUGCUGCGCUCUCUUCUACUAGAACUGUCGACGCCACUCCAGCCGAACCUGAUCCGACCUCCAACAGUAUCUGGUAUUACUACCAGAACGUCGGUGGCCUAAAUUCAUCAACGGACAGCCAUUAGUUAGCUACUAGGGGCUGCUGUUAUGAUGUUGUCGACUUGACCGAGACUUGGUUAGAUAACAGUACUCUGUCUCACCAGGUGUUUUGUUCGGCAUUUGAUGUAUAUCGCUGUGAUCACAACGCCCUCAACAGCCAUAAGACGUCGGAUGGUGUUGUGCUUGUGCUUGGACCUACAUUGGAUCUCUGCUCUAGUUGGCUUCAACGAGUCUGAGGCAGAUGAACUGUGCUCACGAUGGAAAUACCGUCCGAGCGAGAAGUACAUCCCUAUCAUGCAGCAAAAAUCACACAAUGGAUAAAUCAACGCAACUCGUCCUCGCUAUAUGCGGUAGUUUAAAAUUAAAUGUUUGUACAGUUUAAA